AUGAGCAAUUUGCCGUUCCCGUCCUGGGCAGAGCAACCAACGUUGUUCAAGUUGCCUUACACUGAUACAGAGACCCCACGUCUGGAAAAUCCCUUACCACACCUGACAGGGAACGAUGCAGACCGCUUGGGUACUGGAAAGAUGGCCAUACCAAGACUGGCUGAAGGUGCAGAGUCUGCUUUCACCUCGCCAGGCAGGUUCCAUCGCCGUCAUGUUCGUCGAGCGUGCGAAUCGUGUAGACAAAGGAAAACAAAGUGCACUGGAGACAAGUCUGGCUGUCGAAAUUGCCGAGAAGCGGGGAUAAUAUGCUGCUAUACAGAUGGUAAACGGGAGAAAUCUAAGAGACAAUUAGCUAGUCUAUCAGCCAAAGUACAGGCCUAUGAGGAUGUGAUCCGGAAACUGAGUUGCCGGUUUGGCGUCUCGGAUGAGCAAUUGAUGAGUAUCGCCUUGAACGUGGAAGCAUCCUCCGAUAUGAACAUGCAGCCAGACGACGCUGCAUCCGGAGAUCUGAAGCUACUUCCAUUGAACUCUGACUUUGAAUCGCCUUCACAGCCCUCGUCUGUUGGGCCCUUCGAAGUCAUGGCCCAUACAGAGGAAGACUUCAACAGAGAUGAGACCGCGCGUGCCACUGGAUUCAUUGGCAAGAGCUCCGAGAUAAGCUGGCUACAAAAGCUGAACGGAGAAAUCAGUCAAGAAUACGACGCAUGUAACCCCGGUAUCGCUGAUAGCACGGGAUUGCCUUCCCCUACCUUGACGCCAAAGGCUGAGGGAAAGAAUGACCAAUGGGUAGCUUCGUCGAAUUACUACAUUGACGACCUUGACAUACCAGCGACUGAGCAAGUUGAUAUGUACGAAGUUCCGUCGCGAGACAUUGCGACGAAGCUCUUCAAUGUCUACUUGACUUCAGUGCAUCCUUCUUUUCCCAUAAUAGGCAUUUCGACAUUUGCCUCCCAGUUUCAGGUAUUCUUCAAUCGACCAGCUUUGAAACCAGGCAAUAAGUGGCUUUCAAUCUUGAACCUGGUUUUUGCAGUCGCGGCUAAAUAUGCCCAUCUUACUGAUGCAAGCUGGAAGGGAAAUGAAGACGAUCACCAUAUAUAUUUCUGCAGGGCAAGAGCGCUGAGCAUGGAGGGCCAGCUGUUUCAACAUCCGGACCUGCAGCAGUUGCAGGUCGAAGGACUGGCUGCUUUCUAUUUAUUGGCAUCCGGUCAUAUCAAUCGAUCUUGGAAGUUAACUGGGAGUGCUGUCCAAGGCGCUUUUGCUCUUGGAUUACAUCUACGGAACAUAGGUGACUGCACUUCAGACACUUCUAAAGAAAUAAGAUAUCGCGUUUGGUGGUCUUUGUACACCGUUGAGCACCUUCUUAGUGUUCUGACAGGGCGGCCUUCUUGCAUCGUCGAGAGCACUUGCACGACGCCUCUGCCCGUUCCUUUCGACGAAACCGAUUUUCAGAAAGAAGAAAUUUCUCGCCUGAUUAGCAGCCCUAACAGAGGAGGACCUAGCCAACUGGCCCGUAUUGCUGUUAAUUCCAGCACGUCUAGCCUAAAGGCUUCACUGGAUUGCGAUACCAACGACCCAGCAGCCACAGCUAACCCCAAGGACUUGGAUAACAGCAGAAACGAGUAUAUAAAGAGUCUUCCACCUUGCAUGUCGCUGUACUUCUUGCAGUUGACGACAUUGACGUCUAUUGCUAAGCGGAUGACGAACAAGCUCUAUAGCCCUGAAGCAGUGCGCGCACCUUGGGCUAGCACCGAGUUUGCCAUCCAGAGUCUAAUGCUUGAGAUUGACUCAUGGUUUAUGAAUUUGCCUACUCCGUAUGAUUUCACAUCUACACAGACUUCGCAAUGCCCUGCAAGUCAGAAGAUGAGCCUCGCCUUUCUCUUUUACAGCACCAAAAUCGGGAUCACGCGGCCGUGCCUCUGCCGUCUGGAUUCAAUCCGCCCACAAGGCGACAAAGCAUACGACUUCUGCAGCAAGACCGCCGCAGAAUGUGUCGAAUCAGCCUGUCACAUGCUAACCCUCCUCCCCGAAACCUCCGACACAUCCCUCCUCUACAAGAUGUGCCCAUGGUGGUGCAUCCUCCACUUCCUAAUGCAAGCAACAACAGUCCUCCUCCUCGAACUCUCCUUCCACUCGCAGCACAUCCCAGAAAAAUCCUCCACCGUCUCCAAAGCAGCCAGAAAAGCAGUCGAAUGGCUUUCCACCAUGUCCAAAACCAGCCUCGCCGCUGAACGAGCCUGGAAACUCUGUGACGGCUUCCUCCGCCGCCUCGCACCGCACAUUGGUGUCGACAUGAGCGAUCUCCCCUGCUCCGGUGAGUCAACCGUAGAAGCAUCGCCGGAGGCCAGCUUCGACGCUACCACUUCUGCGGCCAGUGCGGCAGCCGCAGAGAAUCUAGCCGCGGAGCUAGAUUCUAUUACUUGUUCACCUAUGGAUCAGGAUCAGUCGAGUAAUAGUCCGCUUGCUACGCUGGUGUCGUAUGGGCUGGAACCACCGGAGUUGCUGGGGUUUAUGAAGCCGGAGAAGGGGACGGUGGCGGGACGGAAUGGGUAUGAAGAUUAUUUCCCGUAUGAUUCGGCUACGGGACAGAUGACGGGGUCGCUUUUCCCGAAUGGGACGAAUGUCGAUCUCGAUUUGGGGUAUUUCUGGGGUGAUCCUAUAUGUUAA